UGCUAACUGCUAAUUGCUAAACAACGAGCAACGUGCGUCGGAUAUGGCGACUUACUAAAGCGAUGUUGACGUAUAUAUAUUGCGACACAGGGGUUGGCUUGGCAACGAAGGUAGCAGACAGCACCGGAGACUGAGCGUUGUGUUUUGAGCAAGCAGACAUGAUCGAUUCCGCUCUAAGUUCUUUGGGUGCCACAGUUGUCGUCGCUACAUCCAGCGAUGAGAAUCACCCACCAGAAAACAUCACUGACGGAAACACUAAGACUUUUUGGAUGUCCACCGGGAUGUUUCCUCAAGAGUUCAUCAUUCGCUUUGCUGAACCCUCGAAGAUUUCUACUGUGACAGUGGACAGCUACAAUGUCAAGCAUCUAAAGAUAGAAAAGAAUACAUCGCCAAAUACUUCUCAAUUUGAGUUUGUUACAGAGAAAGAAUUUGAACAUACGGAGGGACAUCUUCAGUCAAAUACUUUUUUGCUAAAUGGAAGCAGUGCAAACCACCUUCGUUUUAUCAUCUCCUCAGGAUAUGAUCACUUUGUCUCAGUGCAUAGAAUCAGCGUACAACAUUUACAUACUUGAUUGUUGUGAAUUAAAGCCUCUGGGUGUAUUUUA